AUGGUGUGGGACGGCGGGUCGCCAAGCGCCGUUGAGGAGGCCGUUGUCAACAACGGCCCUAUCACCAGCAGCAGCGAUGAUGAUUCCCCUGAGACGCCGCACAGCGAGGUGCGAGAGUCCCAAGGCGCUCCGUCCAGCAGCAGGGUCAGCAGCAGCAGCAGCAACAGCGGCAGCAGCAGCAGCAGCAGCAGCAGCAGCAGCAGCAGCAGCAGCAGCAACAGCAGCGGCGGCGGCGGCAGCACCACAUUCAGCAGCCACAGCGCCCAGCAGACAGCAGGCGGCAGCAGCGGCGGCCGCAGCGGGGACAGCGGCGAGGCGGCUGGGGAGGUUGCUGCUGAGCUGGCGCGCCUGACGCCGCAGCAGCUGCAGCAGUUGAAUGACUACCUUGACCACAUGCUGGAGAUCAACAAGAGCAUGAACCUCACAGCAAUCCGCGAGCGCGGGGAGGCUUGGAGCCGCCACAUAGAGGACUCCCUGGCCCUGUUGCCCGUCAUAGAACGCAACUGCCCCGGCGCCAGGGCCCGCGGCGGCGGCUCCGGCAGGCCGUUUCGCGUGAUCGACGUCGGCUCUGGCGCGGGGCUGCCAGGGAUGGUCCUGGCCAUUGCCCGGCCGCACUGGCAGGUCACCCUCCUGGACUCCCUCAAGAAGCGCUGCACAUUCCUGGAGGGCGCCGUCGCCCUCACGGGCGCCGCCAACGUGUCGGUCGUGUGGUCCCGCGCGGAGGACGGCGGCAGGCGCGAGGGCCUGCGCGGCGGGUUUGAUUUGGCGGUGGCGCGGGCCGUGGCGGACACGCGCGUCCUCGCUGAGCUGUGCCUGCCCUUUGUGCGCGUCGGCGGCCACUGGGUCGCGGCAAAGGGCGCCGCGCCGGGGCCCGAGGUGCGCGCGGCGACGCGAGCGGUGCGGCUGCUGGGCGGGGCGGAGGCGUUCCGGACGGAGGGGGUCGACAGUUGGGCGCCAGAGGGGCAGCGGACGGCGCUGGUGGUGGGGAAGGAGCGGCCGACGCCGGCGCUGUACCCGCGGCCGGCGGGGAGCCCCAAUAAGAAGCCCCUGUAA